AUGUCACUUGAGGAAAUUCCAUCAGAGCUUAGCGAUUUGAAUUCCUUAGAACAGCACCUGAUUGCUUUACACAUUCCAUUCAUGAAAGUAAUGUCUCUUCCUCAAGGUGGACAAAGAAAUGUGCACGGACCUGUAGUUUGCGUUCCGUCAAAUAUAAAGAGAACAACUAGUUUGCCACUAAACGUUGAUGAGAAUUUGUUACUUAGGGUGAAACUCAAACGCAAACUAUCAUACAAAGGCUACUACGAAUACCAAUUCGUAACUCCACGACAUAUUAAAGCAGCUCUUGAGUUUUUGAAAAAACACAAUAAAUGGUACCAAGACGUUUCUAUUAACUGUAAUUGGACUGACAAUGACGAUCACUGCUUGUUACGUGAUACUAUUGAAAUAUCUGAAAGAAACGAGGAAAGUCCAGAAAUGGAGGGAAAUCACAACCAGGAAGUCGUAACUGACACUUGCUUACAACCUGUGGACAUUGCGCAAGAAGUCCUUGAUCAUUACUUUGAUGAUGUCUACAAUAUUGCACCAGGUGAAGGACAGAACCCUAUAAGGAUGUUACAAGAAGAAGGAAAUGAAGCAAAGUCAUUCCCACAUUUAUUCCCAUCUGGCAAAUUCUCAUGGAAUGAAGAGAGGGAUGAAAGAAUAACACUUUCUAGAUAUUUCAACAACAGACUUAUGAAUACAGACAACAGAUUCGCAAAGGACACAAAUUACAUAUUUUUUGCGCAGUUUAUGUCAGAAUUAAAACAGGUGAUUGACAAAACACAGAUAUCAAUACGGAAGUCUUUGUCCAAAAGUUACGAUGGAAAGUUGGUGACGUCAGACAUGCUACAAGAUCCAAAAGUCCUCUCAAAACUUCUCAGAAAUGACGAAGCCUUGCGAUUCAUGCAACCAAUAAGAGGAACACCUGCGUAUUGGUCUGCAACACAAAAAGAUCUUUUUGCAAUGCUGCGGCAGUUAGGAAUCCCAACAUGGUUUUGUUCUUUUUCUGCUGCUGAAUUCAGAUGGAAUGAGAUAGUGGGUUGUAUUUUACAUCAUGAGGAUGACAAUAGAAAUCCAUCUCAUUUAGACUGGUCUGAAAAAAGUGAAAUUCUUAGAAGAAAUCCAGUCACUGUUGCUAGAAUGUUUGAACACAGAUUUCAUGUAUUCCAAAAAGAAGUUAUUCUGGCACCAGCAAAUCCCAUAGGGAAUGUUGUGGACUACUUUGUAAGAGUUGAAUUCCAACAAAGGGGUUCCCCACAUAUGCAUUGUUUAUAUUGGGUUGAAGACGCACCAAAAUUUGGGGAAGAUACUGAGGAACGUGUUACUGACUUCAUUGACAAGUAUGUAUCAUGCUCUCUACCAACCGAAGAUGAUGAGCAAGAACUAAGACAGACAGUGUUAAGUGUUCAACAACAUAGCAAAAGUCACUCUAAAUCGUGUAGAAAAAAGGGAACAGAAUGCAGAUUCAACUUUCCAAGACCGCCAUCGGAAAGGACCUUUAUAGCUGAACGAUAUGAGGAAGAUGCAGAGAGUCUUCAUACGAAUAUGCAAAUGAACUCAUCACAAGCUAAGGAUACUUUACUUAUGGUGUGGAAUAAAGUUCUUGAUGAUAAUAGCGAAAAUCAAACAACUGAAGAGAUAUUUACAGAUUUAUCUCUGUCACAAGAAGAUUAUGAGAACGCACAUAGAGUACUAACAUCAAGGACAACAACUAUUUUAAAGAGAGACCCAAAGGAAAUGUGGACAAAUCAAUACAACGAAUGUCUCCUUAAAUGCUGGGAUGCUAAUAUAACCAUUCAGUAUGUUCUUGAUCCAUUUAGUUGUAUUGUGUACAUUAUUUCGUAUAUCUCAAAAUCAGAACGAGAAAUGGGCAUGUUAUUAAAACAAACAAAAAUUGAGGCAACUGAAGGAAAUCUUAGUGCAAAGCAAACUAUAAAGAAAAUAGGAUCAGCUUAUUUAAAUCACAGAGAAGUCAGUGCACAAGAGGCUGUGUACAGAGUAUGCAAUUUAAAAAUGAAAGAGUGCUCAAGAAAAGUAGUGUUUAUUCCUGUUGGGGAAAAUCCAACACGCUUAAGCAAACCUCUAUCACAGCUGAAAAGAAAACAGAAAUCACAAUCGGAGGAGUGUGAAUGUGAUGAAGAUGAGGAAGACAUUUGGAUGUCGAAUAUUGUAGAAAGAUAUGAAAAUCGCCCACAGAUAGAAUAUUUCAAUCAGAUGUGCCUUGCAGAGUUCUGCUCCGUGUUUAGAGUACUUGCAAAAUCUCAAAUUCCUGUGGUUAAAAAGGAAGGAGUAUACGAAUUGCUAAAUGGAAAGGGUUAUAUCCAGAAAAGAACAAGAGGAAAACCAGCUGUCAUAAGAUACCCAAGAUUCAAUGCUGAAAGUGCACCAGAAAAGUAUUUUCAAUCAAUACUUCAGCUAUUUUUGCCUUAUGUUAAUCAAAGUCAACUGAAACCACCAAGUUUUGAUCUCUAUGAGUCAUUCUAUAGCAAUGGGUUUGUCAGAGUAGGUAGCGAUCUGCAAGCAGUGAAGAAUAUCGUCAAUGAGCAUCGAAAUCAGUUUUCGAAAAACGAGGAAGCAGUUGAAAAUGCUGCAGAAAUAUUUGAAAUGAUUGGCGAGCCUGAAGAUGCUUGGGCAAGUCUUUGUCCCGAUGCUGAAAUGAAGCGUGAAGAUUGUUUAAUUCAGAAAUCAAUAUUGGACUCAGAAGGCAACAGACAAAAGGAAGUAACUGAAGAAGUUGAAAGAGAUGAUCGUUCAGAUGUUAUAUAUCAUAUAAGGGAGGCUUCGAAUUCAAGACAAGAGAUGCUUCCUUUACUGCAAAGCUUAAAUGAUAAACAGAAGGAGGUCUUUUAUACAGUGCGCGAAUGGUGUCUAAAGAAAAUAUCUCGAGAAAAUCCAGAACCAUUCCAUAUCUUUAUAACGGGCGGAGCAGGAACCGGUAAAAGUCAUUUGAUUAAAGCAAUUCAUUUUGAAGCCUCGAGACUUCUUGGAAAGACAUUGUCCAUACCCAACUCCUUAUCAAUUCUUUUAACUGCUUUCACUGGAACGGCUGCCUUUAACAUUGGAGGAAGCACAAUUCAUCAUGUUUUCUCGUUGACAAGAGCACUACCCAUUCCAUAUGAACCUUUGAAGGAGCAAACUUUAAAUGCAAUGAGGUCCAAAUUAGAGAAUGUGCAAAUCUUGAUCAUAGAUGAAGUAUCCAUGGUCUUUAAACGUCUGAUGUAUUACAUACAUGAACGACUCGUCCAAAUUAAAAAAUGCAAGCAACCAUUUGGUGGUAUUUCGGUCAUUGCUGUAGGUGAUUUCUACCAGCUUCCUCCUGUAAAACAACGAAAAGACGAGAGAUUGUUUAUGGUAAAUGACUCGUACCCUGUUGACUACUGGUUGGACUUCUUCAAAAUAAUUGAGCUUGACGAAAUAAUGCGACAGAGGGAGGACGUUGAAUUUGCUACCGUUUUGAAUUUUUUGCGUGUUAGAACAAUUGAUGAGCAUAUAUCGAAUGAAGCUUUAACAGUAUUGCGAGAUUGCAUCAGGGAAGGUCCAGACGACGUGUUGCACGUUUAUUCUACAAACGAUGAAGUAAACGAUUUCAAUCUAGUAAAGUUGCAAACUUGCGGUGCAGAUUUGAUAGAGGUAGAUGCACAAGAUUAUCAGAAAGAAAAGGCAACAGGAAGGUUAAAAUUACGCGAGAAACCCCUGACCACAACCAAAACAGAUGGACUAUCAUCGUCACUGCUUUUAGCUGUGAAUGCAAGGGUUAUGCUUACAAGAAAUGUAAAUGUUGAAGAUGGACUUGUAAAUGGUGCAAUGGGUUAUAUAUCUCACUUUGAGUAUGGACGAGAUCAUCAGAGAAAAAGCAUUCAAGGAGUUGGAGUGAUAUUUGACAGUAAAGAAAUCGGUAAACUGCAUGGAACAAAGACCCAACACGGAAAUCAGAUCGUUAUUCAAAGAAUUCAGGAAGAUGUCAAGGAAAAGAAUACCAAAAAUGUAGUUCGACACCAAUUUCCACUUAAACUGUCUUGGGCAUGCACAGCACACAAAGUACAAGGAAUGACGACAGACAAGGUAGUGGUCAAUUUAGAUCGUACUUUUGCUGCUGGUCAGGCAUAUGUAGCUAUUAGUAGAGUAACUUCAAAGGAUGGAUUAUUCAUAGAGACCGCAGAUGAAGAAAAGCUUAAGAAGAAAAUUUACGCUGAUCCAGAUGUUAAAACAUCAUUGGGCAUCAUGCAAAGAUUUUUCCCAAGAGGAGUAGGUGAAACUGGAGAAAAACAAACUGAGGAAUGCAAAACGUUCCUUCUACUAAAUGCUCAAAGUCUAAGGGCGCAUAUACAAGAUAUCAAAUCCGACAACAGACUGACAAAUACAGAUUUGAUGUGUUUAACGGAGACGUGGCUAAGAAACCAGGAAGACUUGACAAAAUUUGAAAUUCCGGGAUUCAACUUUUACAGCGUUUCAAGAGGAAUGUGUUAUGAUGAUUCAUCAAACACUUUUCGUAAGUUAAGCCAAGCCAGAGGCGGCGGAAUAGGAAGAGAGGAAAAACGAGAUCGAGGUCGCCAGAGAGACCGUAAGCAGAAAAAGGACAGUGUACGAUCAGUCUCACCAGGUACCUCCUCGUGUAAAAGUGAAUCUGGCUUAGACGGCCCAGAUUCCAGUGAAAGUGAUGAGGUAGAUUCAGACGAUGAGCAUUAA